CCCUAUGGGGAAGCCCUGCCCUGUGGGGCUCCCUAUGGGCUCUAUAGGGGCUCUAUAGGCCCCCCCCCAGCUCCUGACGUCACCCGGAAGGGGUGGGGCCGCUCUGGCCCGUCUCUAUGGUUCGGGAGGACCGUCCCUUUCUCUCUAUGGUCACCGCCCACUUCCGCUCCGGACCGGGGAAGUGACUCCCGGAAGUGACGUCGUGCGGCGCCUACCGGAAGCGGCGCCGGUUCUCCCGCGUGUCAGCGCCCGCAGCCGUCCCGCGCGCGCGGAGGUCCCCGUCGGUCGGAGGUCAGGGCUCGGUGGUGCCGCCGUUGGCGACGCUGCUGACGUCAUUGCCGCCGUCGGUGACGUUACCGGCCGUUGAGCUUAGCGCGGGCCUCGCGUUGACGUCGCCGGUGACGUCACCGCUGACAUCACUGCUGUCGCCGUUGACAUCAUCGAGGUUGCCUUGACCGCGCUGUCGACACCGACGUCAUUGCCGCUGCCGCUGACAUCAUUGACCUCGCGUUGACGCCACCGUGACGUCAUUGACGUUGCUGUUGAUGUCAUCGCCGUUGCAUUGACCACGCCAUUGCCAUUGAUGCUGUUGACAUCACUGUUGAUGUCAUCGGCGUUGCAUUGACCUCGCCGUUGCCAUUGAUGCCAUUGACAUCACUGUUGAUGUCAUCGACGUUGCAUUGACCCCACUGCGGACACUGACGUCGCCGUUGCCAUCAUUGGCGUUGCCGUUGAUGUCGCAUUGACCUCGCAGUUGACGUUGACACCGUUGGCGUUGCUGUUGGUGUCAUUGACGUUGCGUUGACCUGUUUACGUUGACACCGUUGACGUUGCAUCGACCCCACUGCGGACACUGACGUCGCUGUUGACAUCGUUGAAGUUGCAUUGAUCUUGCCAUUGACAUUGACGUCGCUGCUGACAUCACUGGCGUAGCUGUUGACAUCAUUGACGUUGCAUUGACUUGUUGACGUUGACGUUGCUGUUGACACCGUUGAUGUUGCAUCGAUCCUGCCGUUGACAUUGAUGCCAUUGACAUCACUGUUGAUGUCAUUGAGGUUGCAUUGACCUCACUGUGGACAUUGAUGUUGCUCUUGACGACCUUGACGUUGCAUUGACCUCACCAUUGACGUUGACGUUGCUAUUGACAUCAUUGACGUUGGAUUGACCCUGCCAUUGACCUUGACGCCAUUGACAUCACUGUUGAUGCCAUUGACGUUGCCAUUGAUGUUGCAUUGACCCCACUGUGGACAUUGACGUCGGUGUUGACAUCAUUGGCCUUGCUGUUGACAUCAUUGAGGUUGCAUUGACCUCACUAUUGAUGUUGACAUCGCUGUUGACAUCAUUGCCGUUGCCAUUGACAUUGCAUUGACCCCGCUGUUGAUAUCGAUGCCAUUGACAUCACUGUUGACAUCAUUGACAUCACUGUUGACACCAUUGACAUCACUGUUGACAUCAUUGACAUUGCAUUGACCUCGCCGUUGACGUUGAUGUUGCUGUUGACACUGUUGAUGUUGCAUUGACCUGUUGACGUUGACACCAUUGAUAUUGCAUUGACCUCAACAUUGACAUUGACAUUAGCACCAUUGACGUUGCAGUGACCUGUUGACAUUGACACCGUUGACGUUGCUGUUGACACCAUUGAUAUUGCAUUGACCUGUUGCCAUUGACGCCAUUGACGUUGCAUCGACCCCACCAUUGACAUUGACACUGUUGACGUUGCCAUUGACACCAUUGACGUUGCCGUUGACACCAUUGAUAUUGCAUUGACCUCGCUAUUGACGUUGACAUUGACACCAUUGACGUUGCAUCGAUCUGUUGCCAUUGACACCAUUGACGUUGCCGUUGACACCAUUGAUAUUGCAUUGACCUCGCCAUUGACACCAUUGACGUUGCGUCGACCCCCCCGUUGACGCCUCCGCUGCCGUUGCCGCCGCCGCCGCCCCCCGCCCCGCCAUGGCCGAGGCCGUGCACUACAUCCACCUGCAGAACUUCAGCCGCUCGCUGCUGGAGACCCUCAACGGGCAGCGCUUGGGCGGCGCCUUCUGCGACGUGACGGUGCGGAUCCGCGAGGCCACGCUGCGCGCCCACCGCUGCGUCCUGGCCGCCGGCAGCCCCUUCUUCCACGACAAGCUGCUCCUGGGCCACUCGGCCAUCGAGGUGCCGCCCGUGGUGCCCAGCGGCGCCGUGCGGCAGCUGGUGGAGUUCAUGUACAGCGGGUGCCUGGUGGUGGCGCAGUCGGAGGCGCUGCAGAUCCUCACGGCCGCCUCCAUCCUGCAGAUCAAGACCGUCAUCGACGAGUGCACCCAAAUCAUCUCCCAGAGCCGCGCGCCCAAGGUGCUGCCCGCCGGGCACAAGGCGCCGCCGGGGCCGGAGCCGCCGGUGGGGCCGCUGGAGCCGGCACCGAGUUGCCACAGCCGCAAACAGCGGCAACCGCUGCGGCUCCAGCUGCCCGUCAAGGAGGAGGAGGAGGAGGAGAACGUGGAGGAGGAAGAGGAGGAGGACACGGGGGGCACCCAUGAAGAAGGCUUCGCCCCAGCGCCCUUCCCCGCCGAGGAGCCGCCGUUCUUCAGCACCGGUGAAGUCUUCACCGACACCUUCCUGCCGCCGUGGCCGGGGGACGAUGGUGGCCUGGAGGCCCCCACAGGAGCCGGCUUUGGCUUCCCGGCGCCGCUGGUGCCACCAACCCAGGAAGGGGGCACGGAGGGGCCGCGAGGAGGGAGCGCGGCCCCCGAGCCCCCCCAGCCCGGCCCCUCGCGCUGCCCCGAGGCCUCCUACCAGUGCGGGCACUGCCAGAAGACCUUCAGCUCCCGCAAGAACUACACCAAGCACAUGUUCAUCCACUCGGGCGAGAAGCCCCACCAGUGCUCCAUCUGCUGGCGCUCCUUCUCGCUGCGGGACUACCUGCUGAAGCACAUGGUGACCCACACGGGCGUCCGCGCCUUCCAGUGUGGCGUCUGCUGCAAGCGCUUCACCCAGAAGAGCUCCCUCAACGUCCACAUGCGCACCCACCGCCCCGAGCGCUUCCAGUGCCACCUCUGCACCAAGGGCUUCUCCCACCGCACCCUCCUGGAGCGCCACGCUGCUGCCACCCACCCCGGGCCACCGCCGGGGCCACCGCCGGGGCCACCAGCACCACCACUGGGGCCACCAGCUCCAUUGGGGCCACCAGCACCGUUGGGGCCACCAGCUCCAUUGGGGCCACCAGCACCAUUGGGGCCACCAGCUCCAUUGGGGCCGCCAACAGCUUUGGGGCCACCGACACCAUUGGGGCCACCAACAGCAUUGGGGCCACCAGCUCCAUUGGGGCCACCAACAGCACUGGGGCCACCAGCACCAUUGGGGCCACCAACACCAUUGGGGCCACCAACAGCAUUGGGGCCACCACCACCACUGGGGCCACCCCAAGGGCCACCAGCACCAUUGGGGCCACCACUAGCACCAUUGGGGCAACCAACACCAUUGGGGCCACCACCACUGGGGCCACCAGCAGGGCCACCAGCAGCCCCAGGGCCACCAGCGGGUGCCGAGGCUGCGGGUGCCGGCCCUGCUCACACAGCGUGAGGAUGAUCCAUGGGGAUGGGGUGGGAUCGGGGGCAUCCAAGAGGACUUUGCCCUCCCCCGGCUGUGGAGUUGAUGUUCUGGAUGGAUGGAUGGAUGGGGGGUGAAGGGGUUCAACCCUCGUGUCCCCUCCCAGGGAUGUGGGUUUGGGGUGGUUAAAGAGAGAUGGUGGCACAAGGGGUGAGGACAACCAACACGUGGGCUUGAAGAUC